CUUCUUCUUCUUCUUCUCUCGGUAACCGAUGGCAAGACACUAGACCCAACCACCACCGGCCACCAUUUUUGACGCGCGGUAGCUCAUCAGUUUCGCCUUGCUCCGGCGACCUCAACUGCCAAGCGGCAUCGCCCAACUCGCCGUCAAUCGUUCGGAAUCACCAGUCAAAGUUUUGGUCCGUCAACUUUGACUGUGUUUUUCGGCCAACUCCGACCACCUCUUGAUGAGUGGUUGAUACCCUUGGAACCAGCGUGGAGAGAGGAACAAAACCCACUAAUUCAUUCCGGCCAACUCGCUGUUUUUCUCCGGCAAGAUUUUGGGUAUCUCCGCCCUUUGGAAGCGUUUUCCAGCGACACCGAAGGUCAUUUGGGCGAAGCAGCUGUACUUUCGUGAUGUACUCAUCGAGAGGAUCGUUUUGAUAUAUGCCAUCCAUAUAUUCGUCGACGUUUCCGGUACCGCCACCAACCGCUAUAGUGCACCGCUUGGGAAAAACGUGAUAUUAAAAUCGGAUUAAAUCAUUCUAAGAUCAUCGAUAAGCUUAGGAGCGUUGCUUUGGGCUCGGAUUAAAUUCUAAGGAAGUAUUUAAAGAGGGUUCCGGUUCGUCCUUUAAAGCUGGAAGACGCAAAUGCCAUGAUUAUGCCUCCCACAAAUUUAUACACGCCUGAGGCACCUCAUACCGCAACCAUUCUUUCAGUUAGGCAAAUUUCUCAUCAGAUUUACGAAAUCGUAUUUGAUCAUCGUGGCUUUAUGAUGUACUUGGAGGGACAAGCCUUCGGUGUUAUGGUCCCGCCGAACCCUAAUAAUCCGUUCGAACCAGAGCGUGUUAGCAGGCGUAGGAUUAUCUUUGCUGCUUCGUCUAGGUAUGGAGAAUAUUUUAAUGGCAGAUCAGCUACCAUAUGUGUGUCUAAUGAGGAUGACGAUGAGACCAUCAAAUAUUUAUGCGACGCAAAGUCUGGAUAUCAUCUCCAACUCGUAGGCCCCACCUUGACGGAAACCCUCUUGGGAGAUUCUAGUCCAGCUGCUGCCACUCACAUAUUUGUGGCUAAAUCUGGGGCUGCUAUUGCUCCCUUCAGAGCCCACCUCCAUCGUUUUUUCAAAGAAGAUAUUCCUACGUUUAAAUUUUCUGGCGAUGCAUGGUUGUUCUAUGGGGCAAGGAACAAUCUCCACUGUCGAUUAUACGAUGAUGAAUUCAUGCAAUACGAGGAGGACAACCCACAAAACUUCCACUAUAACUUUUUCAUCGACAUUUUGGAUCGAGAUCUUGGUAAAAUGGUAUUUGAUAUGUUGGUUGAUAACGAAGCUUACAUAUACCUGGUUGGAUCUCAGGAGAUGGUGGAUCAGGUUGAAGUCGUCUUCAGGGGAUUUGCCGGUUCUACAAAUGGUCAGAAUAAUUGGACAGAAAUAAAAGAUGAACUGGUAAGCAAGAACCAGUGGCGCGUAGAAAUCUAUGAUUAAUUCACACUUAAUUAAUUAUUAUGAUCACGGAAAUAAAUAAAUAAACUGUCUUAAUUAUAUAUGUGUACCUUUUCUCUGAAUCAUUACACUAUCAUGAGAUUAUGGGAAAUAAAGAUAUUUGGAUACGUUGUGUUACAAUUAAGCUUUAGUGUACGUUACGUACCUAUUUACGUGUGUUUGUUAAAGU